AUGCUCCGUGGCCAGGAGACCUCAGCCACCCGUGGCACCUUCUCCCUGGCUGUGGAAGAAGACCCAGGUCCUCUACCCAAGCUCAGGGACUUACCCUUGUCACCCCUGGUGUUUGACGGUCCCCGCUGGGAGCUGCAGAGAGCCGUUGCUACUGCAGUUGUCUUUGGACGGAAGCUUACAUCUUUCUCAACAAUAGCACUUAACCAGUUGCAGCAUGAGAAGAAAUACGACAUUUAUUUUAUGGAUGGAGAGGUUUAUGCACUGUACAGGAAGCUGCUGCAGCAUGAAUGCUCUUUGUGUCCAGAUAUCAAGCCAUUCAAUACCUUUGCAGAUCUGGAACAGCACAUGAGGAAGCAGCAUGAACUCUUCUGUUGCAAACUCUGUGUUAAACACUUAAAGAUUUUUACUUAUGAACGGAAAUGGUAUUCUCGUAAGGACCUUGCCCGUCAUCGAAUCCAUGGAGAUCCAGAUGAUACCUCUCAUCGUGGGCAUCCCCUGUGUAAAUUUUGUGAUGAGCGUUAUUUGGAUAAUGAUGAGUUACUGAAACACCUAAGACGAGAUCAUUAUUUUUGUCAUUUCUGUGACUCUGAUGGUGCUCAGGAAUACUACAGUGAUUAUGAAUACCUUCGUGAACACUUCCGUGAAAAGCACUUCCUUUGCGAAGAGGGUCGGUGCAGCACAGAACAGUUUACCCACGCGUUCCGCACAGAAAUAGAUUAUAAAGCGCACAAAACAGCCUUCCACAGCAAGAACAGGGCAGAGGCCAGGCAGAACCGGCAGAUAGACCUUCAGUUUAACUAUGCUCCUAGGCACCAGAGGAGGAAUGAGGGUGUUAUAGGUGGAGAGGACUAUGAAGAAGUUGACAGGUAUAACCGGCAAGGGAGGUCAGGCAGAUUGGGUGGCCGAGGAAGUCAGCAAAACAGAAGAGGCAGCUGGAGAUAUAAGAGGGAGGAAGAAGACAGAGACGUUGCGGCAGCAGUCAGGGCAUCUGUAGCAGCUAAACGGCAAGAAGAGAAAAAACGGGUAGAAGACAAAGAGGACAGCAGCAGUAGAGGUAAAAAGGAAGACUUGAGGGAUUCUGAAGUGCUCAGCUCCAAACGUGUGGCCAGGUCUUCAAAUGAUGCUACAGAAGCAGCUGCUAACGGUGCUUUAAGCCAAGAUGACUUUCUAGCAAUUGGUUCGGCAGUGGGACCUCUACAAGGCUCUGCCCAGCUAGCAGCAGUUAAGCUUAAAGAAGAGGAUUUCCCAAGCUUGUCAUCCUCUGCAGCACCCACCAUCUCUUCUGGGAUGUCUUUGACAUAUACGGCGACUGCAAAGAAAACAGCUUUCCAAGAGGAGGAUUUUCCAGCUCUAGUGUCCAAAAUGAGGCCUAACAAUAGAACAGUAACUAACAUCACAUCUGCGUGGAACAACGGUUCCAGUAAAAACGUGGUCAAAGCCAUUAGCAACCCCUGUGUAAACCAGAUAGCCAAAAAACCAUCCUCCUUGAAUAGCACUAAAGGAAGUAAGAAGAGCAAUAAACUCUCUCAGUCAGAUGAUGAAGACGGUGGUAGUGGCUUGACAACCCAGGAGAUCAGAAACACACCAACAAUGUUUGAUGUAUCGUCCUUGCUGGCAGCUUCUACCUCACAAACUUUUACGAAAGUGAGCAAGAAAAAGAAGAUGGGCAUUGAGAAGCAGAGACCGUCAUCCCCACACCUCUUACAGGAGACAUCAUUUCCCAGGUCAUCUACUGAAAAGAUGCCAGAAGCAGAGCAGACAUCAAAUGCGUCCUCUGCUCUUCACGCCCCUGACAGAUCCACAACUGUCAUGAAUGGUCAUUCGGAAAAAUCAUUAGGGAUCUGUAGUACACCCAAAGAGCCCCCUGGCCUUAAAAAGCCCACAGUGACUAACAAAUGCCCUUUACCUCAGGAAGACUUCCCAGCUCUUGGGAGCUCAGGAUCAGCUAGAAUGCCCCCACCACCAGGCUUUAACGCUGUAGUGCUAUUAAAGAGUCCUCCUCCGCCUCCGGGACUGUCGGUGCCUGUUAGUAAACCCCCUCCAGGUUUUGCUGUUAUUCCAUCCACCAAUGUCUCUGAACCUGUCACUACAUCUUUGAAAGAGCCAAAAUCCUCUCACGGAUCAUACUUGAUACCUGAAAACUUUCAGCAAAGGAACAUUCAGCUAAUACAAUCUAUUAAAGAAUUUCUUCAAAGCGAUGAGUCCAAGUUCAAUAAAUUUAAAACUCAUUCUGGGCAAUUCAGACAGGGUCUGAUUUCUGCAGCACAGUAUUACAAAAGUUGCCGAGAACUGCUUGGAGAUAACUUCAAGAAAAUUUUUAACGAAUUGUUGGUGUUGUUGCCGGACACAGUUAAGCAACAAGAACUGCUUUCUGCUCACAACGAUUUCAGAAUCAAAGAAAAACAAAGCUCAAACAAACCCAAAAAGAACAAAAAGAAUGUUUGGCAGACGGACUCCAACUCUGAUCUCGACUGCUAUAUCUGCCCAACGUGUAAGCAAGUGCUAACUCAGCAGGACGUUGUCACCCAUAAAGCUUUGCAUAUUGAGGAUGAGGAGUUCCCUUCCUUACAAGCAAUCAGCAGAAUCAUCAGUUAGCUUUCCUGAAGACCAAUAAAACAGUCUCUGUCUAUGAA